AGGCGAAAAAUUCAGGAGAUAAAUUGGCGUCGAAAACAGGAGCAAACGGCUGCUGGUAAACACCUCAAAGAAUUAGAAGAGACUUGGGUUAGCUUGGUUGGCAAGAAUUAUGAAAUUGAACAGGCAAUAUUGGAACUAGAGGAAGCAUUGGGUGUAUCGCCAGAGGAUAUGAAUAGUGAAGAUCAGUAAAAUUGUGUGUGAUUAUACAUAGCCAUAAAUAAAAGAUAUCUCAGUAUUCUAACUGAUCGUUUUGGUAACGCACAUGAUUUAUCAAAUCUUUUUAUUUAUUUAUUAUUUUAUUCGUUUACGUUCCCAGUGGAACAUAGGGCUUCAAGCCUUGAAGUUAUAGUAGCAAUGGUGUUUAUUUUUGCGGGAUGGCGUUGCUAACCUCAUGCCCAACCUUUACUCUUUGCCGAUUUUAUUACCGGCUUAGAGAGGUAAAGGAGUGCGCCGGCCGAGUAUCGAACCCCGGACCACAUGCAUGGUUGGCGCGCAUUCUACUGCUGAGCCACCAACGCACAUGGCAUAUCAAAACAUAUGGAAAAUCCCCUUAGUAACCUAUUAUAAGUACUUUUGUGUGGUAAAAAUCAGUCCUGUACCUUAUCUUCUAUUUAUUUAUUUCAGUAUUUUUGGGAAGUGUGUUUACUGAAGCAAUUUUACAUAAACAAGAAAACGAGCAGGGACGUUUUUAGCUUGGUGGUACAUACUACUGACUAGCGUGAAUAGUUGGAAACCACCUGCAUAAUGCACAAAUGCUUGCUAGUGAGAUCGAAGUUGUCUACACACUGUACAUUUGUUCCACUCGUUCGGCGCCUACCUUAUUACCGUCGUACCCACGUUGACUCAUCCCAAACAACCGAAUUGUGUCUAGCUAUUUGAGUUAAUUGGUUUGAUAGAAUCACAUUGAUCAUUUGCAAAUAACACAGUUUCAGGUGACAGUUCAGUACAAUUUCCUUUUCAUAUGAGUGUCAUGAGGCUACUCAUGUCAGUGAUGACAGUCUAGGGGAGAUGGCUAAACCCUGAUUCCAAACCUCCAACGA